UCCUUGUAAAUAACUAAUAUCCACCACUCCUACGAGGAAGAAGGAAAUUCCUUAGUUUUGGCUCUCUCUUUAAAGUGUCUUCAUUCCCUCCCGAUUCGAUUAAAUAUAUGAUUUGAUUAACUAGCUAAAAUGCUAAAUCACAUUCCCCUUUGAGCUUUCAGGUAUCAUGGAUGCGAGAGUUGGGCUUGUUUUGCUUUUAGUUUGUGCUGGUAAUUUGGUGGGUGAUGCUACAAAGGAUAUGCACAUAGAAGUUUCAGGUUCAAACAAAGGUGGUGGUUUUAUUGAUGUCUGUGCUAUGUGUGAAGAGUAUACCGCUAUGGCUCUUGUUUACCUCAGCCAGAACAAGACCCAGACUGAGAUUAUGGAUUCCCUUCACAAGGCCUGCUUUGAUCUACAUGGGUUGGCACUGGCAGACCAGUGUACAAUGUUGGUGAAUUACUAUGCUCCAUUGUUCUUCUUAGAAGUUUCAUCCGUUCAACCUCAAGGAUUUUGCAAGAGAAUUGGAUUGUGUAGAAAUGCUUUAGUAUUCACUCAUGAGACAUUCCCAUGCGAUAUUUGCCAUAAAGCUGUGGAUGAAGCUAUUGAUAAGUUGAAAGAUCCUGACACUGAGCUUGCGGUCAUUCGGGUGCUAUUGAAGGCUUGUGAUACUGUGGGCAUAUAUACUAAACAGUGUAAAAAUUUUGUUUUCGAGUUCGGACCUAUCAUUCUCACUGACGCAACGAAUUUUAUUGAAAACAUCGACCUCUGCACCACGUUCCAUGCCUGUCGUAAGCACGACAUUGGCACACAGCAACAGUCAGUUGAGGAGGCCGGAACUAUCAAAAUGGUUACUUCAUCAUAAACAUCAGUGUAAACUAUUAUGUAUCAUUUCCUAUAUUUUUCUGAAUUGUGUUCUUAAUUCAAAUAAAGAUGCAAAUAUGUAUAUAUAUUCCCCAAAGAAAUUAAAAUAACCUGUAAUACGUUCAUUAUUAUGCAGAUAUAUUCAUCUGUAAUCAUUAAUCAACUUUUUAA